GAGGCCAAAAAGAACCCACUAUUUUCCCUGCAGGGUCCCAACUUCUUCCCCGCGCUCAUCCGACAACUUCCAACCUCGACCUCCACAAAUCCUCCAACCCGCCAACUCGUAUUCCCUAUUAUCAACCUUAUUGCUAUUACUACUGUAUUCCGGAUUUGUACUAUUUUAUCACAAUUAUCUCGACUGGUUUUCCAUUCUUACUCUUUCAUUGCUCGUUAUCAAAUUCAUUUCAUUAAUCGACUAUUUCACUUUUCGAACGAUUACCGAGCCAUCUCUUGACGACCCAAAAUGGCGACCGUAGAGAUGAGUCCUCAAUCUACGCAUGUUCCUCCGGGACCUGAGGCUAAGCGCCCCAGAGGUAUUCUAAAGAACUCGUACACUAAAUCACCCCCUCCCGAGUCCCCAACUAAGGAGCAAGAUUUAUCCGAGAAGGAGCUUACUAUCAUCAACACACAAACAAAUGCCGGCCACCGACGUUCUUCUAGCGCCGCCAGUCGUCCUCCAGGAUCUCGUCGCCAAUCCACACGCACUCCCUCCUUUGAUCCUCUCAAUGGAAUCGAUCAAAACCAGCGCCUAAAGUGGGAUGAGGCCAAUCUCUACUUGACGGAACAGGAGCGCACUGCUACGAUGAAGAUCACAGAGCCGAAGACACCCUACGCUCGACAUUAUGAGCCAUCAGAAGAUGAUGAGGAUGACGAGAUGCUUGAUGGUGAAAACUCGCGAAAGGAAGAGAUUACCGAACUAUCCCUUGGCGAACCCGAGGAAGAUAUCCCCGAAGGAGAGUUUGGGAUCGAGCGCAAACAAAGCAAGGUCCAUGUUAACGACGAAGAUGCCACCCCGAUCCACGACGCGGAAAACGAGUAUAUCGGCCUAAGUCCCGAGGAGCGCGAGAAGCAUCGGAAGUUCGAGCAGCUACGCAAGAAGCACUAUGAAAUGAAGGACGUGGCUAAGUUCCUCGGCCAUCCCGAGAACAUCGACGAGAUCGAGGACGAGGAAGAGGUGCCGCCGAUGCCUACCAUUAACGGUGCCAUGGUCAAAGCGGGCGACUAGGGAAGCGGGCUACGCAACCCUCCGCAAACGAUCCUACUAGGGAAGAGGGUAUGCAAGCUGUGCAGGUGGAUACAAGGACGAUGACGAUAUACGGGAUGCAUGCAGGAUGGAGUUUAAUGGCCGGGUGGAAUACCUAUUCUUCAAUUGUCUUGUCUUGUUGCUCGGGGCGCAUUAGAUGAGUCUGGUGUUGGAGGGCGAACGAGAUGAUUCUAUCGGUUUGGGAGGAGAUGAAUAUUAAGGUCGAUUACGGAUUGUAGUUAUAGAUACUCUACUGAUACUAUAGGGGGUUUGCGCCCCGAGAGAAUCAAUGAUA